GGCGAUCGGGUGAUCAGGCAUGGGAGGAAGAAAGAACGGGGGCUGGUCCGGACAUGAAGUCAUCAUCGAUGUCCCCGGUCAUGCUCGCCCCGUUCCGUCCGCGAACCCGUCUCACUUUCUCAGCUCGCGCGCUGCACUCACCACAUCCCAUCCUCUCGCUUCCUUAUCCCCGCCCGCCGCGAACACCCUGCGCGCACGCCUGACAUUCCAAUUCAGAUACGGUAUGAGCGCCCUCGAGAAGCUAUCCAGCAACAAGGCCUUUGGCGGCGAACUCAUCAAGUACAAGUUCAAGAGUACCGCCCUCGGUGGGCUCGACGCCAGGUUUAACCUGUUCCUGCCCCCUAACGCGGCCAAUGGCAAGGUCCCCAUCCUGUAUUACCUCUCGGGAUUGACCUGCACGGAAGACAAUGGUGCCCAGAAAGGGAGCUUCCUCGGGCCCGCGUCUCAGGAAGGGAUCGCCAUCCUGUUCCCGGACACCUCCCCCCGUGGCGCGGGCAUUGAGGGUGAAGACAACGACUGGGACUUUGGUACUGGCGCCGGCUUCUACCUGAACGCGACGAACCCGAAGUAUGCUAAGCACUACAACAUGCUCACCCACGUCACCGUCGAAAUCCCCGAGGUCAUUGAGGCGUCCGGUCUUCCAAUCGACACGACCCGCCAAUCAAUCUUCGGGCACUCUAUGGGCGGACACGGCGCGCUGACACUCUACCUCAGUUCUGUGCUGAAUGGGCAGAAACAGUUCCGUUCCGCCUCCGCCUUCUCGCCAAUCUCGAACCCCACCAAGUGUGCAUGGGGCGAGAAGGCGUUCAAGGGCUACCUCCAGGGCGGCAUCGAGGAGGCCAAAGAAAAGUACGACGCGACGGAGCUGAUCGGCAAGACGAACAGAGAGCCGCUGCACGUCCUCAUUGACUACGGCACGGGCGACAACUUCUACCAGCAGGGCCAGCUGCUCCCGGAGAACUUCCUGAAGGCUGCGCGCGACGCUGGGUACGACGAGGUACAGGUGCGGGUGCGCAGCCAGGAGGGCUACGACCACAGCUACUUCUUCAUUUCGACCUUUGGCGCGGAUCACGUCCAUUUCCAUGCAAACUUCCUCAAGGCGUAAGCGGUCGGCGGACCUGCAAGGGUGCUGCGAUGCGGAGUAAGCAGAGCGAAGGAGGAAGGGUAGGAAAGUGUAGGAUCCACGAAGAAGACAUAACCUUGUAUUACGGAUGUACUCAUACCUGGGGGGGCCGAAACUGUAUCGAUGUCAAUCUCCGGUGGUUCGAGCUUC